AUGGAGAAAGCAUCUGACAAAACUAUGGGUGUGAUGACCUCCACUGAACCCGAAAUGGCUAAGGCCACGGAAACUGAGACCGUGUCUACCGCUGAGUCGUCCAAGCCUCGAGCGACUUUGAAGCCUAAGGCCACUGAUAAUGUGAAGGAAGCCAGUGAAUCUGAAUCCGAUGACGCUGAAGCUGAGCCCAGAUCGCCUGUCUCUGAACCCGAAUCGAAGACGCCUGAAGCUGACUCGAAAUUGCCUGAACCCGCUGCCACUGAGGAGACUAUGAAGCCAGCCGGAGCCGAGUCUGGGGCUAAUGAUGGUACUGACAGAGAUGCAAUCAUGGCUGAUGCCCAGGUGGAAGAGCCCAACACUGGUGAAGUUGUGUCUGAGGAUAUGACGGCAGUGGAAGAAGGCUCGGAAACGAAGACUACUACUUCUGACACCACCGACGACCAGACUAUCGGCGACGAAGCCACUGCAAUUGACAUCGCCAUCGUCGUUGAAGCUGACGUCGAUGGAGGUGACGACGACGAAGGUGACACUGUUGGUGACACCGUUGAUGCUUCUGCUGACACUCCUACUGACACUAUUGCUGAAGCCCCUGCUGAAGCUGGUAUCGAAGACAAGCUGAAUGAAGAAAAAGAAGAAUCUGCUUUUAAGCCUAAAGACGACGUUGGCAACAGCGACGAAGCGGCUGCAGUUGAGCCCUCGUCUUCUGUGAACGUCGAAUGA